UCAGCCAAAGAGGAGCUGUAUGCUGGUGGUAGCGACUGGCUAACAUUGCUAAGUUUGGAGUGGAUCAUGGCGGCCUCUAAGCCAGUAGAGCCCCAGUCCGGGAGCGGACUACCCCGCUGGCAGCUAGCACUGUUAGUCGGGACUCCUAUCGUGCUCGGUGUUGGAGCGGUUUACCUUUGGAACCGUAGCAGGACGAAGCAAAAAAAAGGCACCGGGGAGCGGAAGACUCCAGAAGGCAGCGCCAGUCCUGUCCAGGGCCAAGACGGCGCACCUCGCACCAACCGGGAGGAUGAGAACAUGAGCCCUCUGGACCGAGCCCAAGCUGCUAAGAAUAAAGGCAACAAGUAUUUUAAGGCUGGGAAGUAUGACAAGGCUAUCCAGUGCUACACAGAGGCCAUUGAUCUGUGUCCCAAAGAGCAGAAGUCGGAUUUGUCAACGUUUUACCAGAACAGAGCAGCAGCUUAUGAACAGCAGUUGAAGUGGAAAAACGUGAUCCGGGACUGCUCUCAGGCUGUGGAAAUGAACCCACGCUACAUCAAGGCUUUGUUCAGGAGGGCUAAAGCUCUUGAAAAACUGGACAACAACAAGGAGUCCCUAGAGGAUGUCACGGCAGUGUGUAUUCUCGAGGCCUUUCAGAACCAGCAGAGUAUGUUGCUUGCUGACAAGGUGCUGAAGCAGUUGGGAAGAGAGAAGGCCAGAGAAAAAUACAAGAAUCGUGAGCCGAUGAUGCCUUCUCCUCAGUUUAUCAAGUCGUACUUUAGCUCCUUUACUGAUGACAUCAUCUCCCAGCCGCAGCAGAAGGGUGAGAAGAAAGAUGAAGACAAGGACAAGGAGGGGGAAGCAGCUGAAAUCACUGAGAGCUCUGGCUUCUUAAAGGCGAAACAGUACAUGGAUGAGGAGAACUACGACAAAAUCAUCAGUGAAUGCACCAAGGAGAUCGAGUCAGGAGGCCGAUACACUGCAGAGGCUCUGCUGCUGAGAGCCACCUUCUACCUACUGAUUGGAAAUGCUACUGCUGCCCAGCCUGAUUUGGACCAGGUCAUCAACAUGCAGGAAUCUAAUGUAAAGCUACGAGCAAACGCUUUGAUAAAGCGUGGAAGCAUGUACAUGCAGCAGCAGAAGCCUCAGUUCUCUACGCAGGAUUUCAACAUGGCUGCUGAGCUCGACACCCGCAACCCUGACGUGUAUCACCACAGGGGUCAGUUGAAGAUCUUGCUGGACCAGGUGGACGAAGCGGUAGAAGACUUUGACGAAUGCAUCCGCCUCAGGCCUGACUCUGCAUUAGCACAGGCACAGAAGUGCUUCGCCCUUUACAGACAAGCUUACACUGGAAACAACCCAUCCCAGGUACAGACAGCCAUGGAUGGCUUUGAGGAUGUAAUCCGGAAGUUUCCUAAAUGUGCUGAGGGCUAUGCUCUUUAUGCUCAGGCUUUAACCGACCAGCAACAGUUUGGAAAAGCUGAUCAGAUGUACGACAAAUGUAUUGAACUGGAACCAGACAAUGCUACUACAUAUGUUCACAAAGGGUUGUUGCAGCUUCAGUGGAAACAAGACCUCGACUUGGGUCUAGAUCUCAUCAGUAAGGCUAUUGAGAUUGACAACAAAUGUGACUUUGCCUAUGAAACUAUGGGAACCAUUGAAGUUCAAAGGGGCAACCUGGACAAGGCGAUAGACAUGUUCAAUAAAGCCAUUAACCUCGCCAAGUCGGAGAUGGAAAUGUCCCAUUUGUAUUCUCUGUGCGAUGCAGCAUACGCCCAGACAGAGGUGGCUCGGAAGUACGGCCUCAAACCUCCAACGCUGUAACGUCUCUGCUAAUUCAAUGUCAAUCUCAGUCUUUACCUAAUUGUGUUACUGUUGGAAAUCAAUCUGAUUUGUUAAAGACAUCCUGGAUAUUAUGAUGAAAAGAAUGAACUCUGAAUAUGCCACGUGUUAUCACAUUUAAGGGGUUUGUUUUGAAGAGAAAAAGGAGGAUUUCUAUUUACAAUCCAGGUCUCUGAUAGUCUGUGUCAGGAUGCGGUUUUUCCAGCGCAGCCCAUUGCUGACACUUAAUUCAGCCCAAUAUAAUUGUGAAAUCUUUACAUUACUCAAAAUAAAGGGUGGAGGGAAAACAAAGAUGUAUGUCCAUGUAUAUCUGUUCAAGGUAAUGCGCAGAAAAACACAGAAAUGUGCCGUUUGUUGAACCAAUUGCUGACUGUAUGGUUUUUCUGACAUUUAAAUCUACAGAAAAUACUGAGACUUCUAUGAGGUUCUAACAGACUGUUCACUUGGUUAUUCAUGCUGAUCUGAAGGGUUUAUUAUCAGCUGCUUCCAUUUUGUAACAUAGAUCUUCAGUUCUGAAUGCAAGAUGAUAAUUAUAGUCGGUUGUGAAAUGUCUGUAUUUGCAAUGCUGGAAUUGAUCCCAUGGAUACUGGCCCUAAAGAGGCCUGUUAAGUCACAAUUUUAAUAUUUGGUUUGACUUUUUGUUGUUUUUUUUUUUCAUAUAUAAACUUUGUGCAGCAUGCUCACUUUAUAAAUUUAAAUGCAAUGGUCAAGCUGUCUUGGAACACUAGAAAAAUCUAAGUACAAGUGAGGGUCAGCAAAACCCCUUUGAUCAAACUUAGCCAUCUGUGUAUAUUUUAAUUGCCUCUAGUUUUUCUUGUUUUCCAGUUCAUGAGUGAAUUGUAAUUUAUGUUUUUUUAUUAUGGUUAUUUUUGAUUUCUGUUUGAUUCCAACAUUUGUCCAAAUUCAUAAGAGGUUGCCUUGCUCCCCUCCCUGCUCAUUUUCUAAAAGUAUUUUCCAAAUGCUGGCCUUAUGGAUCCCAGCCUACAUGCAGCCCAGUUUCUUGAUGCUCAGUAUCAAGAAACUGCCUCUCAUCAAAUAGCUUCCAAACAUGGGUUUAAUUUGAUAUACACAGAGAGCUUUUAGUUUUUUACUAAACUAAUUGGGACCCUUUCAGUUCUGAGACACAAUGUUUCCCAAAACAGUAGUGGUAGAUUUUUACACAGUGGUUAUCUUGAAGAAUCAGAAUCACUGCUGCUGUAGCAGCUGGGCAGAGCCACUGCUCAAUGUCAAAAACCCUAAAUCAAUAGAUGUAAUGCAAAUUAUGGCUGUUUGAUAGAAAAACUGUUCAUCAAUGUUCAUGUGACCAAAGUGGAAAUAAUGAGAAUCCUAAUAAAGUUAGAAUUCUUGGGAUGAA